AUGGAGAAUUUGCUUAUCGGCAACACCAAUUUCUCCGGCGCAAUCCCAAGUUCGCUGGGCAACCUCAAAUCUUUGAAGAAGCUAGGCCUUGGUGCUCAGGGCUUCGCCGGUGACCUGCCCUCGUCAAUCGGCGAGCUCACAUCCUUGAAUUCGUUGGAGGUCUCUGGCUUAGAGGUGGUAGGACCGAUGCCGCCAUGGAUCACAAACUUAACUUCCAUGGAGGUCCUCGAAUUCUCCCGGUGUGGCUUGCACGGACCAAUACCACCUUCCAUAUGCGAGCUACCAAAACUGAAAACAUUAUCACUUCACACCUGUGGUUUUUCGGGGGAAAUAUCACCAUGUAUUUUUAACCUGUCUCAGCUAUACACCCUAUUGCUUCACUCGAAUAAUUUUAGCGGUCAAGUGGAGCUUAACUCGCUAUGGAAACUACCGAGCCUAUCGUACGUAAGGCUCUCAAACAACAAACUAAAUGUGAUCGAUGGGGAAGAUAAUUCUCCACUCGUAUCCUUCCCAGACAUAAAGCUCCUAGAUCUAGCGUCUUGUAACAUAAGUAAAUUCCCCGAUGUCUUGAAACAUUUAAAUGGGAUUUAUCAGCUUGACCUAUCAAACAACCAAAUCCAUGGGGCCGUGCCUCAGUGGGCAUGGGAGACAUGGACACAUUCACAACUUUUCUACCUAAACUUAUCACACAAUAUGUUUACUGGUGUUGGCUACGACACGUUUCUUCCAUUGGAGUUUAUGGACGUGUUGGAUCUCAGUUUCAAUAUGUUCGAUGGGACAAUGCCUAUACCCAAAUCAUCUGUCAGCGUGCUAGAUUACUCAAGCAACCGUUACUCAUCCUUGCCACCUAAUAUUUCUACUCAACUCGAAGAAACUGUCAUUUUCAAGGCAUCAAGAAACCGACUCUCCGGGACUAUUUCACCAGAUUUCUGCAGUACAAAGAUACAAUUUCUCGACCUAUCUUACAAUAUCCUCGGUGGUUCAAUCCCUUCAUGCAUAAUGGCGGACACAAAUGCACUGAAGGUUCUAAACCUGAAAGGAAAUCAGCUUCAAGGUGUGCUACCUCAUGAUAUCAACAAACACUGCAUGCUUGAGGCGAUAGACUUCAGUGACAACUGGAUCCAAGGACUGCUGCCAAGAUCUCUAGCUUCUUGCAGGAACUUGGAGGUCCUCGAUAUCGGAAACAAUCAGAUCAAUGACUCUUUUCCAUGUUGGAUGAGUACACUUCCUAGCCUUCAAGUACUUGUCCUAAGUAAUAACAAAUUCUUCGGACAUGUGGCACCAAAUGUUGCUAAAGGUAAAGGCCUUUGUGAAUUUCAAAGUCUGCGGAUUCUUGACAUAGGCUCCAACAACUUCUCAGGGGCAUUGCCAUGGGACUUCUUUAUAAAACUGAAGUCCAUGAUGGUUAACACUGCAAAUGGAGCACUAGUGAUGGAAUAUCAAGCUGACCUACAAAGGCUACAACAAGAAUAUCAAGUUGCAACUUCACUCACAUACAAAGGGAACUCCAUCAACUUUGAGAAGAUCAUAAGGACCCUUGUAUUGAUUGAUGUUUCAAACAAUGCAUUCCAUGGUAGCAUCUCCGAGGCUAUUGGAGAACUUGUUUUGCUCAACAUUCUCAACAUGUCACACAACUCCUUGACGCAAUCAAUUCCAUCCGAGCUCGGUCGUCUGAAGCAACUGGAAUCUUUGGAUCUCUCCUCAAACGAGCUAACAGGAGUGAUUCCACAAGAGCUAGCAUCUUUGGACUUCCUCACGACGCUGAACUUGUCUGACAACAAUCUGAAGGGAAGAAUACCAGGAUCACCUCAUUUCAUGACAUUCCCUAAUGGCUCAUUUGUGAGGAAUGAUGGGUUAUGUGGUCACCCGUUAUCCAAAAAAUGCAGCAAUGCGACAACAUCAAAUACGGCAUGCAGUCCUUCCAAGGAUAAACCUGCCGACAUUAUGUUAUUUCUCUUUGCUGGGUUCGGAUUUGGUGUUGGGUUUGCAGUUGUGAUUGUGGUGACCUGGGUAUUACCCCUUAGAAAGAAAUCAUGAAAGGGUUAUAUGGUUCUCUUCGGCCAA